CAAUUCUUUUUCAGACCUUCAGAGAGCUGGAUAUUGAACUCCACCAGGAAUGCACAUAUGAUCACCUAGAGGUUUACAAUGGAAAAGAUGCUAAAGCUCCUGUUCUGGGACGAUUUUGUGGAUCUAAAGAACCGGAUCCUAUCCUCUCUACUAGCAACAGGAUGUUCCUCAGAUUUUUUUCAGACAACUCGAUUCAAAAGAAAGGCUUUGAGGCGGCCUACACAUCAGAGUGUGGGGGCCAGGUGCGAGCUGAAGUGAAAACCAAGGAUCUCUAUUCCCACGCGCAAUUUGGGGACAACAACUAUCCUGGGGGUUCCGAUUGUGAAUGGGUGAUUGUGGCUGAGGAAGGCUAUGGGGUUGAACUCAUCUUCCAAACGUUUGAGAUUGAGGAAGAGGCUGACUGUGGUUAUGACUACAUGGAGCUGUUUGAUGGCUAUGAUGGGACAGCUCCACGUCUUGGACGUUACUGUGGCUCUGGG